AGGAAGUCAUAUCAUGGCCUUGUUUACACUCAGGAGUAGGGAUUAUACAAGGAUGCAUAAAACAUUGGGGGCCAUCUUAGUGUGUGCCCAUCCCAACUGCCUGUUUCUUGUCUAUUUCCCUCCAGUAGAAUGGAAGUUCCAUGAGAGGCCUUAUGUUUUAUUUUUGUACAACCCUCAGUACCUGUACUACAGCCUGAAAGCUAGAAGCUCCUCAAGCUGGGAACCGGCCUCCUGGAAAGUGGGCGCCAUUACCUUGCUGCCAGCCGCUCAUUCAUUGCUGGCAUUUAUGAUCUGGCUCACCUGGGUCCACCAGAGCCCAUGAUGGUGGAGUGUUUGGACAAAUUCACUGUAAGCCUGAAUCACAAGCUGGACAGCCACUUGGAACUUCUUGAUGCCACUCAGCACACACUGCAGCAGCAAAUCCAGACCCUGGUUAAGGAAGGUCUCCGAGGUUUCCGAGAGGCUCGCCGGGAUUUCUGGAGGGGGGCUGAGAGCCUGGAGGCUGCUCUUAUCCACAAUGCAGAAGUUCCCAGACGCCGCACUCAAGAGGCAGAGGAGGCUGGAGCUGCUCUGAGGAUUGCUCGAGCUGGAUACCGAGGACGGGCAUUGGAUUAUGCCCUGCAGAUCAAUGUGAUAGAAGACAAGAGGAAGUUUGACAUCAUGGAGUUUGUGCUGCGUUUGGUGGAAGCCCAGACUGUCUAUUUCCAGCAGGGCCAUGAGGAGUUGAGCCGCCUGGCCCAGUAUCGGAAGGAGCUGGGUGCCCAGUUGCACAAGCUGGUCUUGAAUUCAGCACGAGAGAAGAGGGACAUGGAACAGAGACACGUGCUGCUGAAACAGAAGGAGCUGGGUGGGGAGGAGCCAGAGCCAAGCCUAAAGGGGGGACCUGGUGGCCUGGUCAUGGAAGGACAUCUAUUCAAACGAGCCAGCAAUGCCUUUAAGACUUGGAGCAGACGCUGGUUCACCAUCCAGAGCAACCAACUGGUUUACCAGAAGAAGUACAAGGACCCUGUAACUGUGGUGGUGGAUGACCUUCGCCUCUGCACAGUGAAGCUCUGCCCUGACUCCGAAAGGCGGUUCUGCUUUGAGGUGGUGUCCACCAGCAAGUCCUGCCUCCUCCAGGCUGACUCUGAGCGCCUCCUGCAGCUGUGGAUCAGUGCUGUGCAGAGCAGCAUCGCCUCAGCCUUCAGCCAAGCUCCUCUUGAUGACAGCCCCAGAGGCCCUGGACAGGGUUCAGGAAAGAUGGCCCUGGGCUCUGCUGCUACCCUGGGUUGUGGAGGCACAGCCAGGGGAAGGGAGCCUGGGGGAGUCGGGCAUGUUGCAGCCCAGGUGCAGAGUGUGGAUGGCAAUGCCCAGUGCUGCGACUGCCGAGAGCCAGCCCCAGAGUGGGCCAGCAUCAACCUUGGUGUUACCCUCUGCAUUCAGUGCUCCGGCAUUCACAGGAGCCUGGGUGUUCAUUUCUCCAAAGUCCGAUCCCUGACCCUUGACUCUUGGGAGCCAGAACUAGUGAAGCUUAUGUGUGAACUGGGAAACGUCAUCAUCAACCAGAUCUAUGAAGCCCGUGUGGAGGCCAUGGCUGUGAAGAAGCCAGGGCCCAGAUGUUCCAGGCAGGAAAAGGAGGCCUGGAUUCAUGCCAAAUACGUGGAGAAGAAGUUUUUGACCAAGCUUCCUGAGAUUCGAGGGCAAAGAGGUAGCAGGGGGCCCCCAAGAGGGCAGCCGCCUAUACCCCCAAAGCCUUCCAUCAAGCCCCGGCCAGGGAGCAUCAGAUCCAAGCCAGAACCCACUUCUGAUGAUCUGGGGAGUCUGCAUUCUGGGGCCCUCCUGUUUCGAGCCGCUGGACACCCUCCAUCUCUUCCCACCAUGGCCGAUGCCCUUGCCCAUGGAGCUGAUGUCAACUGGGUCAAUGGGGGUCAAGAGAAUGCCACACCGCUGAUCCAGGCCACAGCUGCUAAUUCUCUUCUGGCCUGUGAGUUUCUUCUCCAGAACGGGGCAAAUGUGAACCAAGCAGACAGUGCAGGCCGGGGCCCACUCCACCAUGCAACAAUUCUUGGCCACACCGGGCUCGCCUGCCUGUUCCUGAAAAGGGGAGCCGAUCUGGGGGCUCGAGACUCUGAAGGCAGAGACCCUCUGACUAUCGCCAUGGAAACAGCCAACGCUGACAUCGUCACCCUGCUACGAUUGGCAAAGAUGAGGGAAGCUGAAGCGGCCCAGGGUCAGGCAGGUAAAGUAUUCACCCAUUCCACUUCCCCAGGCCCGAUACCGAAAUUCUGGGCUUUUGUCCCUCUCGUGCCCAACUGCAUAAUUCCAUUAUUUAUUCAACAAAUAUAUAUUGAGAGGAUCCGACGAGCCAGGUCCUUGAAACAAGGAAUAGCUCAGGGCUCACGAGUUCCUCGUCCACCCAUGCUUCCCGUGCCAGGCCGCCCUACUGCUUCCUCGCUAGGGCUCAGCUGUCCAGCCCCAGCCUUUCCUCCCUCCCCUUCAGGAGAUGAGACCUAUCUCGACAUCUUCCGCGACUUCUCCCUCAUGGCGUCGGAUGACCCCGAGAAGCUGAGCCGGCGUAGUCACGACCUCCACACGCUUUGAUCCCAGGCCCUGGGGGCCCCCGCACCCCAGCCCCUCCUCUCCCCACUGCCGACCCCUUCGCCAUUAAAGCCUGUGUUUUGCUUUUCCCUUCGAAGUUCACAUUGUUGGCACCACCUUCGGGCCGGCAGGGUGCGGUGCUGGGGCUUCCGGGAUGCAGGAAGCGGUGGGGCGCUUUUCUAGCUCGAGUCCCGGGGGAGGCGGCUCCCUGGGGAGCGCAGUGGCAGCGCCCGGAGGCCGGGGGAG